CGGAAAGUUGCCUCCGCGCUGCACCGCCAUUGUCCACACGGCACGGCUGCGAAUAUAAGAAGAGCCCCGCGGAUUGGUCGCGGAACUUCCGCGUGUUUCCCCCUUUCUCUUCUCAGCCCUGACCCCUCUCGUUCAUUUUUUAAAGCUCUCUUUUAUUGUAAAUAGCGAACAUGUCACAACAUUUCAGAAGCGGCCCGGCUUUUGGACUUUCUGCCGAGGUCAAGAGUAAGCUGGCAGGGAAGUAUGACCCUCAUAUUGAGGAAGAGCUGAGGCUGUGGAUUCAGGAUGUGACCGGCAUGAAGAUUGGAGAGAACUUCAUGGAGAGUCUGAAGGACGGAGUAAUGCUAUGCGAACUCAUCAAUCUUCUUCAGCCCGGCUCUGUGAGGAAGAUCAACCACUCCAGUCAAAACUGGCACCAGUUGGAGAACAUUGGAAAUUUUGUCCGUGCAAUUACAGAGUACGGCCUGAAGCCGCACGACAUCUUUGAGGCCAACGAUCUGUUCGAGAAUGUCAACCACACUCAGGUCCAGUCCUCGCUUAUCGCCCUGGCGGGAAUGGCCAAGUCGAAAGGUUUCCACUCCAAGUACGACAUAGGAGUGAAAUACGCUGAGAAACAGCAGCGCCGCUUCGCUCCAGAGAAGCUGCGGGAAGGACGCAACAUCAUCGGCCUGCAGAUGGGCACCAACAAGCUUGCCAGCCAAAAAGGCAUGACCUCUUACGGCACAAGACGCCAUCUCUAUGACUCCAAGAUGGGCAUGGACAACCCGAUGGACCAAUCCACCAUCAGCUUACAGAUGGGUACCAACAAAGGAGCCAACCAGUCGGGCAUGACCGCCCCCGGCACAAGGAGGCACAUCUUCGACAAGAAGCUGGAGCUGGAGAACUGCGACACCACCACCAUAUCUCUGCAGAUGGGCACCAACAAGGUGGCCUCCCAGCAGGGCAUGACCUCCUACGGCCUGCCCCGCCAGGUCUACGACAACAAGUACUGCACCAACCCCACCGAGGCGGCCUACAACAACAACGGCGGGCAGGCGGAGUUCGACGGAUACAACCAGUACUCCGACUAAAACCCCCUCAGACUGGUAUUCCAAACACUGAUUUGACGUCUCGCUCCCUGGCCUUUUUAGACACGGUUUUUACUCUCUGGGAAGGUUUCCACGGGUACGACAAUAAUACUUUACAUGGCCAACUUCUGUGGUUCUUGAUACCAGACCAGACUUAAAGGUUGAUAUUUAAUAUCUAUUUAUGGAUACAAUUGUAAUUAGAGACCGCGUUGGUGCUACUGAACCUUUUUGACCGACCCCUCCUUCUGACCCAGCUUGUUUUUUUUAUUUGAAACCCCCUAAUAUAGUCCGAGGCCUAACAAAUGACCCAGGGUUUCGGCUACGAUUGACGUGGCUUGCGUGGAAUGUUUUAUUUUCGUAAAUCUAAGGCAUAACAAAAAGUAUAUUAGGCAGCUGAUUUACUUGUAGUCACCACCGAUUUUUUUACACAGCUAAAAAAAAAAAAGGCUUGCUUUUAUUAUUUUAUACGAGAAACGCGCCCCUUUUUUUGCGUCAAAUAAACACGCUGGUUUGUCUUCGACCGAGCUACUGUAUUUUAAUUCACCAAAUGUCUUGAAUGUAACGUUGCUGCGUGCGCUGGCGUGUGAAGGGUUAAGCAAGAAGCACAGUGUGGCUUGAAAAUGUGAACGCUCGGAGUGGAGCGCCAUCUAGUGUUGUGUAAUCCUCACACCGGUCACCCUCCCCCCCCUUUUUUUUUAAUUCUUUUUUUUUUAACAUUCCUUAAAUUAAAUCGGUGGAAGAAAAAGCAGUUUUUGCAAGUAGAACUGCAGCUAAUGGUAACAUUUCACUUUUCAACAAUGUACGGCUUUCACUAAACAUGACUUUUGUGCAAUAAAAACACUUGAAAAAUACAA